AUGGAUCCGAAUCAAUUUAGCCAGAAAGCUAAGUUUGUUGAUCUACUCAACAGUCAAGAAGAAACCUUUUUUCCUUUUCCUGAAGAUAGUGUCCCACUAUCUUCAUUUCAACUCCCUGUUUUUGGGACUCAAGGAACUGAAGCUUCAAACUAUGUUGAAGAUACACCAGCAGAUCGUAGAGAAAGGAGGUUAUGGACGCCAGUUGACGAUGUUGUGCUCAUUAGCGCUUGGCUAAACACAAGCAAAGAUCCGGUUGUGGGCAAUGAGAAACCGUCUCGUACCUUCUGGAAAAGGAUUGCAGCAUACUUUGCUGCAAGUCCUAAGGUAGCAGGGUGUGAGCAGAGGGAGGCGGGUAACUGCAAGCAGCGAUGGCAGAAGAUAAACGACCAAGUCAACAAGUUUUGUGGGUCUUAUGAAGCUGCAACUAGAGAGAAAAGCAGUGGCCAAAAUGAGAAUGAUAUUCUCAAAAGGGCGCAUGUGAUUUUCUUCAACAACUACAAAAAAAUUCACCUUAGAACACGCUUGGAAAGAGCUACGAAACGACCAGAAAUGAUGAGUGAGGAUGAUCGUCCCCCUGGUGUCAAGGCAGCAAAGAGUAAGAAGGUGGAGGUUGAGGGGAAGACACUGACAGAGUUUCAGAGUAUGUGGGAUAUUAAAAGGCAGGAUCUGGCCAUGAAAGAAAGGCUUAAGAAGAUGACUCGUCUCGACAAUCUAUAUUGCAGGUCUCUGGCGGCUGCAGGAGAAAAAGGGGGAAGCCCUAGGUAA